CUGGGUCAGUCCCAGUUUGUUUUGAAAACCAACUGUCACUCUAUUGUGCUCCAAAAGUAUUUGGGUUUCGUUACAAAAAUCAAACGAAUUAAUCUCAAUUUCGAUUCAUGUUGCUACUCUGAGGCAGUAGAAUAAUUUAUCUCCAUCUACCAGAGGAUCUGAACAAGGAUUGUCAGUCAGGGAAGAAAAAUAGCUGGAAGAUUGUGGAUGUAUUGCUGUAUUUUUCUUUGGGGAUUACCAUAUACUAAAAAUGGAUUGCACAUCAGCGUCAGCCCUGAGUAGUCCCUGUGAUCCAACAAUAGAACGUCACUUCAGAGGUCACAAGAAAGCCAUAACAAACCUGACCUUUCACCCAGAUGAACGUCAAGUGGCGACAGCAAGUCUGGACAACACAUUCAUGGUGUACACCUUCUCAUCCUCAAUGAGAGCGAAUCGUUUCAUAUCCCACAAGGACGCUGUCCAGGAUGUCGACUAUGCCCCCUCUGGGGAGGUGAUUGCCACAGCUUCCAAGGACAGAACAGUCAGAAUUUGGGUGCCAACAGUCAGGGGAGAGUCGCUGGACUUCAGAGCUCAUACUGGAGCAGUGAAAUCCGUUCGAUUCAGUGGAGAUGGCCAGAACCUGGUGACAGCGUCUGAGGAUAAAAUCGUCAAACUGUGGGUCGUCUGCAGGAGGCGAUUCCUCAAGUCCUUCGUUGGACACACGAACUGGGUCCACUGCGCCAGAUUCUCCCCCGAUGACAGACUGAUAGUGUCUUGUAGCGAUGACAAAACCAUCAAAUUGUGGGACAUUGCUAGUGGAAUGUGCGUUAGGACCAUUACAGAGCUGAAAGAUCCAGCUCUUGAUGUACAAUUCCACCCCAGUGGAAUUGGCAUUGGGGCUGGAAAUGCCGGGGGAUGUGUCAGGUUUUAUGAUCUGAGGACUGGAGAAUUGCAUCAGCAUUACACUGCUCAUACGGGGGCUGUUAAUAAAGUGAAAUUCCAUCCGAAUGGGAAUUUCAUACUCACCGCCUCGGAGGACGCCUCGAUGAAGGUUCUAGAUUUACUCGAGGGCCGUCCAAUUUACACCCUGAAAGCUCACUGUGGAGGUGUUCGAGCCAUUGGUUUCUCCCAAACAGGAGAAUUGUUUGCUUCUGGUGGUGCUGACCAACAACUAUUGGUCUGGAAGUCAAAUUUCGAUACAUACGCACCACCGAGGGCCAAGAGGGCUCUCUAUCCAGACACUGCACGAUUAAACUUAGAAUCCCAAAUUAAAGCUCUGCAGAUUGACACUCAUCAAGACUCUUCGGGAUCUUACGUGGACGCUAGAGAAAAUGUGGAAGAGAGUGGAGAGGAUGAAGAGAAAGAAGAAUUGGAGUAUGUAACAGAAUUGGGGGAUGUAAAUGUGGAAAUGGCGAGAGGAAGAAGCUGUUUUGGUCCAAUUGCAGAGAUUCCAGGUGAGAGAUAUCCCGUAGAAGUGAUAGAUCUGCGAAAUUCAUGGCCACAGCAUCAAGGGAGGGCCGGGCAACCCCCGCCCUCUAGAAUUAAUCGAAAUCGCCUUGUCAAGUCUCAUUCAACCAACAGCCUCGAACAACUUCUCAGUAAUCAAGUGGAGGCUCUGAGGAACACAAUGGUCAUCCUCGAGAAACGGCUCACGAAUGUUGAGGAGAGGCUCAAAAACUAGAUUAAGUAUCAACAUCACAAUUUUUUAUUUAAUUUUUCGCAUGUACUUUAUUUAUUGCUUAUCGCGCUCCUGAAUUUUUCAUUCAGGCUUUUAAUUAUUAAGAAGUGAGAAAACGUAACUGUGAAUUACGAUAAAUUUUUGUCAAAUUUAGGAGUUAAGUAUUGAUAAUUAAUUCGAAGUGAUGAGCUAGUUAAUGGAUGAGGGAAAUUAAACAGAAUUUUCGCUCUGCGUUUUUCGCUUUUGAAGAUAAUUGUAUUGUUGUUGGCACUAUGUGAUGUGAUUCUUCCAUUUUAUCACUUUUUUAGUGAAUGACAAUGAAUUAUUUAUGAUGAACUGGUCAAUCAAUUACUUAAUGGUGUGUCUGGCGAUGAUUUUGUUAAUCAAGUUACCAUAUUCCCUUUUGGAAAUGUAAAUUUAUUCAGUUCGUCAGGGUGCCAUCUACUAUUUAUCGACAGUGAUACAUUAUACUCGAUUAUUAAUCAAUAAAUUUUCAGUUUUAUACAAAAUAAACGAGUAAAAAAAUAGGAAAUACAUGAUAUUACUGCCA